AUGCCUACAAAGGCAAUGCAGGUAGGAUAUAACUUCUAGUUAACAGGGUUGGCCCAAGCAAAUCGACCUUGUAUUAACGGGACACUGUACUUUCACAACUUUAUCUUUUGAAACUGUUAUAGUGCCUGCAGUCCUUUCCCCCAUUCUACCCCACAAAACCCAAUAUUAAAAAAAGAACAAGUUUAUGUAUUCCUUACACUACAGUGUUCCUUUAAUAAACUGAUAGGGAUGUGGUCAUGAUUGCACUAAUAAAAAGAAUCUACUUGCUUGGAAAACUAUCAGCAAUUGCACCAUCUAGUGGUUUCCAAGCAAACUACAAACCAAAGUCUAAAAACAAAAUCUAAACAAAAUAAGAUAAGUAAAAAGCCAAAGAAAAAAGUUACUUGCGCACUAUCCCAAUUCCCUAUGCACAUUUAAAUAACUGGAGUCUUUUUAGCAUAGUGCACUGGCCAUUAAAAUGUAAGCUUGCCUCCCAGGUAAAGGGAAGACCUCUUCGGUGGGUCCUAUACUAAUAAUUCACCUUGCUGUUUUCAGCCAAAAGGCAAAAUAUCUAAUGAAACAGAGAGGGGUAUUUUUCUAAACCUCUACACACUUCUUAACCCUGUACUUAGCACUGUAACAUGGCCUUUAAUUUUGUCUGUUUGUAUUUACUUUUGUAUUACACAUCCAUGUUACAGCGCUGCUUACAAGAUAAAUAUUGCACACUAGUGUAGAAUUCACAAUCCAGAAAUACUAUGUUGCAUACUACACCAUCAAUAGCCAAUAAUGUAAUGUUAAAAUUGCAGAAAAUAAGCACAAUGUCUUUCUUGAACCAUCUGUAUAGAAUACACAUGGUUUAAUAAAGCGAUUGUGAGCAAUAUUCCCAUUUCCCGUCAAUCUAUGUUCUUUCUCCUACAGAUGAAGGUCACAUUGGUCUGCCUUGUCGUGUCCAGCUGGCUGCUAUUAUCUAAUGCAGUGGCUCUGCCCCCCAAUGAUGAAAAGAUCUCCAGUGAUUCCAAGGAUGCAAACCGCGAUAUUAAGGAAAAUGUUCAAAAUGCUGAAGGUAUCUUUCUUCAUAUCAAGUUUGAUGAACAACAGAAAAACAGAGUCACUGUGUUUCCAAUCAAAUACAGGAAUGAUAGAUAAAAAAGAGAGAGAUUGAGAAAUAGACAGAUCGCAGACAGACAGACUUUAGCAAAAUAUAGAUGUUCUUUUUAAGUGAUUCUAGGUCUUCUUUGGCUUUUAUUGUAAGACCCUCUACCUAUAUUGAUGAUUGGAAUAUUUAAUGUGUUUUUUCCCAUUUGGGAAAAUCAUGUGUACCACUCCAUAUUAAAUCACUAUUAUUAGAUCCCAAUAAAAACUCACAUUGAUUUGUCCAUGCGCACUUUAUCAUCAAUAUGUAUUAAAACAUAGCAAAGUUUAAAGUGCACUUUUUAUUGGUAUACUGCUUAUGCACAAAUAAAAGAGUAAGGAAUUCAAACUAUGCUCUAAGCGAUCAGAAUAUCUAACAAUUGUAUAGAUUUUAAAAUAACCAAGUCAAAGACAUUUUCAAAACUGGCUAUUAUGGGUUAAAGGUCUCAGUUCCAUGGUCGAUUCCUGACUACGAUCAAUUUAACAAAUAACCCUGUAAGAUUGGUGACAUCCCAUGGAACACCCUUUUCACAUGAAAUUAAUCUUCCUUUUAAUAAGUGAAAUUAACAAAAACAUGUUUUUCAUGCACAGAUAACCAUCACGAAGAAACAAAAGAGUCCGUUCCUGACUCCACGCACCACAACGUUGAUCUGUCCAUUCUCCCGAAACACAGGGAAGCAGAGAUUGAAACCGUAGAAAAAGUGGCAGCUCCCUGGGACAGCCGUCAGUUCAUUUAUUAUGGCCAUAUCAACCUAAAAUGGGUGACUUGGUCUGGUUCCCUUCCAAAUGGUGCCGUCUCCAUAAAGAAUGAACAUAUGGGGGGGCGCAUAGAUUAUGUGUGUUCCCAGCAGAGCUGCUCUACAGGAUAUUAUUCCCCUAGUGCAGGUUCAUUUUGUUACUAUCCUCGGAAUGGCAAGGAAUACCGCACAUCCUCGUUUAAAAUUUUAGUGAACGAGGAUAAUUUUGAAUUAAUACAGUGGCAAUCUGGGUCUUAUGGGAGUUAUCCCCUAGACAACCCAAUUGGUAGGUGCCCUGGGGUCUAUGUUGGGAAAAACCAAUAUGGAUUAGGAAAAUUCAUUCCCAGUUCUAAAGUUUUCUUUUUACCAUUCAGUGGUUCAGAAUACACGUAUGAUUACUAUGAGGUUCUACACCUGUAUGCAAACUACCAUACACAGUACAUACAAAAUUUAAACUAUAACACCAAUCGAAUCGUAUAUAGUAGUCAACCCAUUCAGGUUUUGACCUCAUCAAAGGUGAUCAACAAUUUCUGCCAAAAAAUGAAAAAAGUAGUCUCUUUGAGUAAAACCACUGUCAAUGACCAGAAGUGGGACAUACAACGCCCCACAAAAGAUGGGGUAACCUCAAAGCUAAUCACACAGGUCCCAUACCUUUCUGGAAAUUCCAUAACAUUUAUGAGCUCAGAGGACAUUGAAUGGAGAGAAGGUGUAUCCCACUCGAAAACCCAGACACACACAAAGUCCAUAGAAAUCUCUGUAGAUCCAAAUCACGAAUGUGACCUGGUUUUGCAGGGAAGAAUCAUGUUGGCGAACAUGCCUUUUAAUGCCGAGCUUAGCCGUUUUUACCAGAAUGGAGAGAAGCGUUCUACCAUCAUUCAGGGAAUGUUUUACAAUGAGCAAACAGAUGAAGUGGCUAUUUUCAAUAAAGGGUGUAGGCGAAUCCCUAAUAGCGCCCCAUGCCCCAAUCCUUAA